AUGGCUGAUACAGAGGCCAGUGUCGCUGCAGGCUGCCUGGAGAAGCUGAAGGGCUACGUGAAGACCCGAAAAGGAACUAUUCUUGCUGCAGAAAUAGUACGUUUGUUUCCAUUUACUCUUAUAGCCUCACACAAAGAGUAGACUACUGCUGUAACCUAAACGUACUGCUAUUUAGGAGUUUCCAAACUAUGAAUGAAAGGUCUGUUGUAGAAAUAUAAUAUAAUUUCCUCGAAUAUAUCAUUGUUAUGAUUACAUACUACUUUAGGUUUGCAUGGUUUGCAUUCAUGACGUUAGCUUAGGCCUAUAUUAAGCAAUAAGUAAACCUACUACUUUACAAAAAUGUAUCUUAGAUCACAACUGAAUAGGCUAUGUAGGUGUAGUUCAUUUACCUACAGCUGUUUCUGCAAUACAGAUCUGUGAGUAUUUCCAUGAUGGUAUUCCAAUGAUUUGAUCAUAGCAUGAUAAUGAAUGGGGCCUUUUAAAAUAUUUUACCCAGUUGUGUGGAUUUAGAGGAACUGGACCUGGAAUGAGAACCAUGUGGUCUUGGAGGUAGGGGCCAGGCCAAGGGCUGGGUUUGUGGGCCAAGGGUUAAGAGCUUCCACCUGUCACUUCUAAUGUGGUGGUGUGCUUGAAGCUCCCCUCAUUUGGCACCCAACAGUCAAAUGCUGACAGUUUAGGUUGAAAAUCAGAGUGUACAUAGGGUGACAUGCUACAGGAUAUAGUUAUGAUUAUGUGUGACAGUUAGUCAUGAAAUAAAGUACAUAAAAAUGUAUGCACACAUGACUGUAAGUCGCUUUGGAUAAAACCGUCUGCUAAAUGGCAUAUUAUAUUAUAUUAUUAUGAAAUGAUGACCGACCUCUCCUUAAGAUUGAUAAGGAGUUGGUAUGCCGAAGCUUUACACAUUUACUACCUAGCUGUAGGCAGUAAAUGUGUAAAACUCAUUCUCUUUGAUGUUGCUCUCAUUAAUGUUCCGUUAUGUAGCAAGGUUAUUAUAGUAAAUUAUUAACGAAAACUAAUCGUGAUUAAAAAAAAUAAAAAACAGAAAUAAAAUCAUUAACAAACCCAUCUAAAAAACUAAAACUAUACUGAAAUGAUUAUCUUUGACCCCAAAACUAACUAAAAUAACAUAAAAACGAUCAUGAAUUAUGUUCAGUAAAAAAAUAAUGUAAUGGGGUUUUCAAGCUUUUGGGGGGUUUUCAUGCUACUAAAUUUGGCAGGUAAAAAUGUGGUCAGGAGAUGAUGAUGUUUCAAAUAGGCCUAGUUUAUGCAUCACUAUCACUAGCUAUCACUAGCUAACAGGGAAAAAAUUGUCUAGUUAGCUAACUUUUUUUUUUUUUUUUUUUUUUUUUUAGGGGGUAGAUCAGCUUUAAUAUUGCAGAUAGAUUGUAACUUCCAUCAAUGUAAUUGUCUGCAUCACUUCCAAUCCCCCAUAUGUUUUUUUCUCUCGCAAAAAAAUAAUAAUAAUAUAUAUAUAUAUAUAUAUAUAUAUAUAUAUAUAUAUAUAUAUACAUACAUACAGUGGGGGAAAAAAGUAUUUAGUCAGCCACCAAUUGUGCAAGUUCUCCCACUUAAAAAGAUGAGAGAGGCCUGUAAUUUUCAUCAUAGGUACACGUCAACUAUGACAGACAAAAUGAGAAAAGAAAUCCAGAAAAUCACAUUGUAGGAUUAUUAAUGAAUUUAUUUGCAAAUUAUGGUGGAAAAUAAGUAUUUGGUCAAUAACAAAAGUUUCUCAAUACUUUGUUAUAUACCCUUUGUUGGCAAUGACACAGGUCAACCGUUUUCUGUAAGUCUUCACAAGGUUUUCACACACUGUUGCUGGUAUUUUGGCCCAUUCCUCCAUGCAGAUCUCCUCUAGAGCAGUGAUGUUUUGGGGCUGUCGCUGGGCAACAUGGACUUUCAACUCCCUCCAAAGAUUUUCUAUGGGGUUGAGAUCUGGAGACUGGCUAGGCCACUCCAGGACCUUGAAAUGCUUCUUACGAAGCCACUCCUUCGUUGCCCGGGCGGUGUGUCAUUGUCAUGCUGAAAGACCCAGCCACGUUUCAUCUUCAAUGCCCUUGCUGAUGGAAGGUUUUCACUCAAAAUCUCACGAUACAUGGCCCCAUUCAUUCUUUCCUUUACACGGAUCAGUCGUCCUGGUCCCUUUGCAGAAAAACAGCCCCAAAGCAUGAUGUUUCCACCCCCAUGCUUCACAUCUAUGGAUGCAACUCAGCAUUCUUUGUCCUCCAAACACGACGAGUUGAGUUUUUAUCUGACCAUAUGACAUUCUCCCAAUCCUCUUCUGGAUCAUCCAAAUGCACUCUAGCAAACUUCAGACGGGCCUGGACAUGUACUGGCUUAAGCAGGGGGACACGUCUGGCACUGCAGGAUUUGAGUCCCUGGCGGCGUAGUGUGUUACUGAUGGUAGGCUUUGUUACUUUGGUCCCAGCUCUCUGUAGGUCAUUCACUAGGUCCCCCCGUGUGGUUCUGGGAUUUUUGCUCACCGUUCUUGUGAUCAUUUUGACCCCACGGGGUGAGAUCUUGCGUGGAGCCCCAGAUCGAGGGAGAUUAUCAGUGGUCUUGUAUGUCUUCCAUUUCCUAAUAAUUGCUCCCACAGUUGAUUUCUUCAAACCAAGCUGCUUACCUAUUGCAGAUUCAGUCUUCCCAGCCUGGUGCAGGUCUACAAUUUUGUUUCUGGUGUCCUUUGACAGCUCUUUGGUCUUGGCCAUAGUGGAGUUUGGAGUGUGACUGUUUGAGGUUGUGGACAGGUGUCUUUUAUACUGAUAACAAGUUCAAACAGGUGCCAUUAAUACAGGUAACGAGUGGAGGACAGAGGAGCCUCUUAAAGAAGAAGUUACAGGUCUGUGAGAGCCAGAAAUCUUGCUUGUUUGUAGGUGACCAAAUACUUAUUUUCCACCAUAAUUUGCAAAUAAAUUCAUUAAAAAUCCUACAAUGUGAUUUCCUGGAUUUUUUUCUCUCAAUUUGUCUGUACGUGUACCUAUGAUGAGAAUUACAGGCACCUCUCAUCUUUUUAAGUGGGAGAACUUGCACAAUUGGUGGCUGACUAAAUACUUUUUCCCCCCACUGUAUUAUGGACACAGUAUGCUUUACAUUAGUUAUCUUGUUGUUGUUAGUUGUUAUUAGUCCCAUCCUUCAACUCCAUUCAACACCACCCAUCUAUCUCUUAACACCAUCCAUAUUGGAUUUCUAUUUGCCAUAUAUUUUUCAACUGUACUGUGAUGUUUCACAAAAGUUCUGAACCCUUCUAUUCUCAUUGUUUCUACAGAUUGUAAAUUGAAAAUAAACUUUUUUGCUAAAAGCAUUAUUAUAUUAUUGAUCGAUUGACUAUGACUUUUCAGAUCACCCAGUUGUGCUAUCUGCAGGGUUAGCUCCAGGUAAAUAUUGCAAUCCUUUAGCCAUUCCUGGACCUGUGUCCAAAAACAAGCUACAAAUGGACAGUACCAAAACAAAUGAUGUAAUGAUUGUCUCUUCGCAGCAAAAUCUGCAAAGCUGGGAAGAUUGUAUCCCCCAUAUAAAUAACAUUCUAUUGGUAGCAAGAAUUUUGUAUAAUAAUUUCAAUAAAAAAAUUCUAAGUUUUGAAUCCAGCGUCGUUUUGCGUAUCAGUUCAUUAACACUAUGCCAUGGAAUCGGUACAUCAAAAAUCUCUUCCCGACUAUUUUGCAAUCUAUAUGGGACAGCUGUCAAUCCUUUGGUCUUUAAAUGAAACUGGUAUACUUUUAUAUUUAUCACAAUUUUCUUUAACCAAUUAUGUUCUUACUUUUUCCCCCUUCCACUUUCCUCUUCCAUUUUUGUGGUAAUGCUGCAAUUAUUUGGUUGUAAUUUUGGAUAGAGCAGACAUUUACAUAUGUUUUUGUUAGCUGCAUGUGCGACAUAACUCCACCAGUCCUACCUAUGAUAUCAUUUACGAAGAUUAUACCUUUUAAAAACAAUUAGUAUAUUUGAGUUUAACCACAAUAUUUGUUUCAUUAUUUGUUCUGUCGUUUCUGGAGGAUUAAAUUGAAAUUGCAACCAACUUUCUAUGGCUCGUUUUAGAAAUAGUGAUAUUUGGGAGAUUAUUUCCUUUUCAAAUAACUGAAAGUGAGAGGUUGUAAUCUGAAUAAAGGGAAAAAGGCCAUUCUUGAACAUUGGGUGAGACAAUCGUACUAAUUUGCUAGAGAACCAGUUCGGAUUUAAGUAUAACUUUUGUAUUACUGAAGCUUUUAGUGAUAGGUCUAAUGCUUUAAUAUUUAAUCAUUUCUGUCCCCCGAAUUCAUAUUCAUUAUAUAAAUAGGCCCGUUUAAUUUUGUCUGGCUUGCCGUUCCAAAUAAAAUGGAAUAUUUUUUUCUCAUAUAAUUUAAAAAACUGUUCGCUAGGCGUAGGCUAGACCAUAAGCAAAUAGGUCAACUGGGAUAAUACUAAAGAGUUAAUCAGGGUGAUUUUUCCACAAAUUGACAGGUAUUUACCUUUCCAUGGUAGCAAGAUCUUAUCUAUUUUUGCAAACUUUCUAUUAAAAUGUAUUGGAGUGAGAUCAUUUUUUUCAUUUGGGAUAUGUAUUCCGAGUACAUCCACAUCACCAUCAGACCAUUUUAUUGGUAAACUACAUGGUAAUGUAAAAAUUGUAUUUUUUUGUGAUCCAAUACGGAAUAUAGUGCAUUUAUCAUAAUUUGGAUGUAAUCCAGAGAGGUUAGAAAAUGUAUCUAGAUCCUCUAUGAGGCUGUGGAGGGAUUCAAGUUGUGGAUUUAAAAGAAAACAUGAAUCAUCAGUGUACAAUGACACCUUUGUUUUUAAGCCCUGGAUUUCUAAUCCCUUGAUAUUAUUGUUGGCUCUGAUUUUAAUAGCUAACAUUUCGAUGGCCAUAAUAAAUAGAUAUGCCAAUAGUGUACAACCUUGUUUCACUCCUCUUGACAGUUUAAAACUUUUGGAGAAAUAGCCAUUAUUGACUAUUUUACACCUAGGGUUACUAUACAUGAUUUUAACCCAUUUUAUAAGAGAUUCUCCAAAAUUGAAAUGCUCCAGGCAUUUAUAUAUAAACCCGUCAUACUUUAUCAAAUGCCUUUUCAAAGUCUGCUAUGAAUAGCAGGCCUGGUUUCCCUGAUUUUUCAUAGUGUUCUAUUGUUUCCAGUACUUGCCUUAUAUUAUCUCCAAUGUAUCGUCCAUGUAAAAAAACAGUCUGAUUAGAAUGAAUAAUGUCCGACAAUACCUUUUUAAUUCUAUGCGCUAUACAUUUUGCUAGAAUUUUUGCAUCACAACACUGAAGUGUAAGGGGCUUCCAAUUUUUUAAUGGACUGGAUCUUUAUAUUUUCCACUUGUAUCCUGUUUCAGUAAUAAAUAAAUCAGAUUUACAUAGGAGUGGUUAAAACAUGCUAAUAACGGUCUUCUGAGUAUAUCAAAAAAGGUUUGAUAUACCUCGACUGGUAUGCCUCGACUGGUACCUCUAAGUAGCUAACUUGAUUCUUACAUGUACUACUAAAGUUAAAACGCAUCGGAUUAGUAUAUGGGCUAGAGAGCUUUUCCUUCCACCAUAUUUUUUGCACCUGUCUCGACAAUAUUCCUUUUAAAUCCAAGUCACAUUGAGGUUGACUUUAUAAAUUAAGACGAGGCUGCCCCGCCCCCCUGCAUCACUUUUCCCCAGAGCUGAAGAUCCGAAUCUCAUUCUGCGCAUGUUUUUCUUUACCUCUACUUCACGUCAACAGUGAAUAGGCGACUCUGGGAUGCUGACCUUCUAGGCAGAGUUGCAAAGAAAAAGCCAUAUCUCAGACUGGCCAAUAAAAAUAAAAGAUUAAGAUGGGCAUAAGAACACAGACACUGGACUUUUUCUUUGCAACUCUGCCUAGGUCAGCAUCCCUGAGUCGCCUCUUCACUGUUGACGUUGAGACUGGUGUUUUGCGAGUACUAUUUAAUGAAGCUGCCAGUUGAGGACCUGUGAGGCGUCUGUUUCUCAAACUAGACACUAAUGUAUUUGUCCUCUUGCUCAGUUGUGCACCGGGGCCUCCCACUCCUCUUUCUAUUCUGGUUAGAACCAGUUUGCGCUGUUCUGUGAAGGGAGUAGUACACAGUGUUGCACGAGAUCUUCAGUUUCUUGGCAAUUUCUCGCAUGGAAUAGCCUUCAUUUCUCAGAACAAGAAUAGACUGACGAGUUUCAGAAGAAAGUUCUUUGUUUCUGGCCAUUUUGAGCCUGUAAUCGAACCCACAAUUGCUGAUGCUCCAGAUACUCAACUAGUCUCAAGAAGGCCAGUUGUAUUGUUUCUUUAAUCAGCACAACAGUUUUCAGCUGUGCUAACAUAAUUGCAAAAGGUUUUUCUAAUGAUCAAUUAGCCUUUUAAAAUAAUUAAACUUGGAUUAGCAAACACAACGUGCCAUUGGAACACAGGACUGAUGUUUGCUGAUAAUGGGCCUCUGUACGCCUAUGUAGAUAUUCCAUAAAAAAUCAGUUGUUUCCAGCUACAAUAGCCAUUUACAACAUUAACAAUGUAUACACUGUAUUUCUGAUCAAUUUGAUGUUAUUUUAAUGGACAAAAAAAGUGAUUGUCUUUGGAAAACAAGGACAUUUCUAAGUGACCCCAAACGUUUGAACGGUAGCGUAUGUAAAGGAACUCCAGGAAUAGACAUGAAUAACUUCAAGCAGGUCAUACAGCUUCUCUGUAGGGUUUUUGUACACAGUAGACCCCUUCUAUGUGAUCUACAUCCAUGAGGGGUAUUGUAGGGUAGUAAGUGUCCUCUGGGGGCUUUGUUACCCAUGUGUAAGUGCAUUGGAGAGGGCCAUCCCACUACUCUGGUGGAGUUGCUGCAUGCAUACUGAUUGCCUAUCUUGUUGCUCAGUGUUUUCAUUGCCCUAAGAAAUCAGCACUGAUGAAUCUCUCCUUUUGUAAAGAUAAGCAGUAUUGGGGAUGAUAGGUUUUCUGUUCUAAAAGAGGUGGUAACUCACCGACUGAGCUUUCUCAUAGAAUAGAACAGAAUAGAAUUCUAGCGAGUUCUAGUUCUAGAAUGGAAGAGUUUCUUUCCAAAACGCUAUAUCCACCAAUUUUUCAUAUUUGUGUUUUUUCCUCACAAAUGAUUGCUUAUGGGUACCUUCAUGUGUGUGUAAAAUAUUACUGUUCUCAGAUUUUUAGUUCAGAGAUUUUAGAUCUCCAUUAAAAUGGGUUUUGUUGCAAAACACUAUAUAUCCAUUGUUUAGCUGGAAAGGAAUGUUUGUAUCCUGUAUAUUUGACUGUUAUGUGGUUGUCUCACCUAGCGAUCUUAAAAUGAAUGGACUAACUGUGUCAAUAUUUUACAUACAGAUCUCAUAUUACUGUAUUAAUUCAUUACAAAAAUAUUGUUACAUAUUGAUGUCACAAAGGUAUCAUUUGUACAGUUCUUUAUUUAAAAUGUUGUUAUUUGACUGUGUAAGGCGGAUAUACAGUGAGGGAAAAAAGUAUUUGAUCCCCUGCUGAUUUUGUACGUUUGCCCAUUGACAAAGAAAUGAUCAGUCUAUAAUUUUAAUGUUAGGUUUAUUUGAACAGUGAGAGACAGAAUAACAACAAAAAAAUCCAGAAAAACGCACGUCAAAAAUUUUAUAAAUUGAUUUGCAUUUUAAUGAGGGAAAUAAAUAUUUGACCCCCUCUCAAUCAGAAAGAUUUCUGGCUCCCAGGUGUCUUUUAUACAGGUAACGAGCUGAGAUUAGGAGCACACUCUUAAAGGGAGUGCUCCUAAUCUCAGUUUGUUACUUACAGUGGGGAAAAAAAAGUAUUUAGUCAGCCACCAAUUGUGCAAGUUCUCCCACUUAAAAAGAUGAGAGAGGCCUGUAAUUUUCAUCAUAGGUACACGUCAACUAUGACAGACAAAUUGAGAGAAAAAAAUCCAGAAAAUCACAUUGUAGGAUUUUUUAUGAAUUUAUUUGCAAAUUAUGGUGGAAAAUAAGUAUUUGGUCACCUACAAACAAGCAAGAUUUCUGGCUCUCACAGACCUGUAACUUCUUCUUUAAGAGGCUCCUCUGUCCUCCACUCGUUACCUGUAUUAAUGGCACCUGUUUGAACUUGUUAUCAGUAUAAAAGACACCUGUCCACAACCUCAAACAGUCACACUCCAAACUCCACUAUGGCCAAUACCAAAGAGCUGUCAAAGGACACCAGAAACAAAAUUGUAGACCUGCACCAGGCUGGGAAGACUGAAUCUGCAAUAGGUAAGCAGCUUGGUUUGAAGAAAUCAACUGUGGGAGCAAUUAUUAGGAAAUGGAAGACAUACAAGACCACUGAUAAUCUCCCUCGAUCUGGGGCUCCACGCAAGAUCUCACCCCGUGGGGUCAAAAUGAUCACAAGAACGGUGAGCAAAAAUCCCAGAACCACACAGGGGGACCUAGUGAAUGACCUGCAGAGAGCUGGGACCAAAGUAACAACAAAGCCUACCAUCAGUAACACACUACGCCGCCAGGGACUCAAAUCCUGCAGUGCAAGACGUGGCCCCCUGCUUGAGCCAGUACAUGUCCAGGCCCGUCUGAAGUUUGCUAGAGUGCAUUUGGAUGAUCCAGAAGAGGAUUGGGAGAAUGUCAUAUGGUCAGAUGAAACCAAAAUAGAACUUUUUGGUAAAAACUCAACUCGUCGUGUUUGGAGGACAAAGAAUGCUGAGUUGCAUCCAAAGAACACCAUACCUACUGUGAAGCAUGGGGGUGGAAACAUCAUGCUUUGGGGCUGUUUUUUGCAAAGGGACCAGGACGACUGAUCCGUGUAAAGGAAAGAAUGAAUGGGGCCAUGUAUCGUGAGAUUUUGAGUGAAAACCUCCUUCCAUCAGCAAGGGCAUUGAAGAUGAAACGUGGCUGGGUCUUUCAGCAUGACAAUGAUCCCAAUCACACCGCCCGGGCAACGAAGGAGUGGCUUCGUAAGAAGCAUUUCAAGGUCCUGGAGUGGCCUAGCCAGUCUCCAGAUCUCAACCCCAUAGAAAAUCUUUGGAGGGAGUUGAAAGUCCGUGUUGCCCAGCGACAGCCCCAAAACAUCACUGCUCUAGAGGAGAUCUGCAUGGAGGAAUGGGCCAAAAUACCAGCAACAGUGUGUGAAAACCUUGUGAAGACUUACAGAAAACAUUUGACCUGUGUCAUUGCCAACAAAGGGUAUAUAACAAAGUAUUGAGAAACUUUUGUUAUUGACCAAAUACUUAUUUUCCACCAUAAUUUGCAAAUAAAUUCAUAAAAAAUCCUACAAUGUGAUUUUCUUGAUUUUUUUUCUUCUCAUUUUGUCUGUCAUAGUUGACGUGUACCUAUGAUGAAAAUUACAAGCCUCUCUCAUCUUUUUAAGUGGGAGAACUUGCACAAUUGGUGGCUGACUAAAUACUUAUUUUCCCCACUGUAUAUAAAAGACACCUGUCCACAGAAGCAAUCAAUCAAUCAGAUUCCAAACUCUCCACCAUGGCCAAGACCAAAGAGCUCUCCAAGGAUGUCAGGGACAAGAUUGUAGACCUACACAAGGCUGGAAUGGGCUACAAGACCAUUGCCAAGCAGCUUGGUGAGAAGGUGACAACAGUUGGUGCGAUUAUUCGCAAAUGGAAGAAACACAAAAUAACUGUCAAUCUCCCUCGGCCUGGGGCUCCAUGCAAGAUCUCACCUCGUGGAGUUGCAAUGAUCAUGAGAACGGUGAGGAAUCAGCCCAGAACUAUACGGGAGGAUCUUGUCAAUGAUCUCAAGGCAGCUGGGACCAUAGUCACCAAGAAAACAAUUGGUAACACACUACGCCGUGAAGGACUGAAAUCCUGCAGCGCCCGCAAGGUCCCCUUGCUCAAGAAAGCACAUAUACAGGGCCGUCUGAAGUUUGCCAAUGAACAUCUGAAUGAUUCAGAGGAGAACUGGGUGAAAGUGUUGUGGUCAGAUGAGACCAAAAUCGAGGUCUUUGUCAACAACUCAACUCGCCUUGUUUGGAGGAGGAGGAAUGCUGCCUAUGACCCCAAGAACACCAUCCCAACCGUCAAACAUGGAGGUGGAAACAUUAUGCUUUGGGGGUGUUUUUCUGCUAAGGGGACAGGACAACUUCACUGCAUCAAAGGGACGAUGGACGGGGCCAUAUACCAUCAAAUCUCGGGUGAGAACCUCCUUCCCUCCGCCAGGGCAUUGAAAAUGGGUCGUGGAUGGGUAUUCCAGCAUGACAAUGACCCAAAACACAUGGCCAAGGCAACAAAGGAGUGGCUCAAGAAGAAGCACAUUAAGGUCCUGGAGUGGCCUAGCCAGUCUCCAGACCUUAAUCCCAUAGAAAAUCUGUGGAGGGAGCUGAAGGUUCGAGUUGACAAACGUCAGGCUCGAAACCUUAAUGACUUGGAGAAGAUCUGCAAAGAGGAGUGGGACAAAAUCCCUCCUUAGAUGUGUGCAAACCUGGUGGCCAACUACAAGAAACGUCUGACCUUUGUGAUUGCCAACAAGGGUUUUGCCACCAAGUACUAAGUCAUGUUUUGCAGAGGGGUCAAAUACUUAUUUCCCUCAUUAAAAUGCAAAUCAAUUCAUAACAUUUUUGACAUGCGUUUUUCUGGAUUUUUUUGUUGUUAUUCUGUUUCUCACUGUUCAAAUAAACCUACCAUUAAAAGUAUAGACUGAUCAUGUCUUUGUCAGUGGGCAAAUGUACAAAAUCAGCAGGGGAUCAAAUACUUUUUUCCCUCACUGUAUAGCAUUUUGCAGCAAAACAUGAUUAUUUGUCUCUCUGAAAUGAAACCAUCAAGUGAUAGACAUGCAUUUGUUUGAAAUCUAUCAUUGAACAACCCCAUGCCAUGAUUAGGUGGUGAGAACACACCAAUCUCUUUCAUAAGUUAUUUAAACAAUAAAUGCUAAUUUACCAACAUUUCUGAAAAUAGAUAAACUAUAUAUACAAAAGUAUGUGGACUCCCCUUCAAAUUAGUGGAUUCAGCUAUUUCAGCCACACCCAUUGCUGAAUGGUGUAUAAAAUCGAGCACACAGCAAUGUAAUCUCCAUAGACAAACAUUGGUGGUAGAAUGGCCUUACUGAAGAGCUCAGUGACUUUCAAUGCGGCACCGUCAUAGGAUGCCACCUUUCCAACAAAUCCGUUCUUCAAAUUUCUGCCCUGCGAGAGCUGGCCCGGUCAACUGUAAGUGCUGUUAUAGUGAAGUGGAAACAUCUAGUGCUGAAGCACGUAGUGCGUACAAAUCGUUUGUCCUCGUUUACAACACUCACUACCAAGUUCCAAACUGCCUCUGGAAGCAACGUCAGCACAAGAUCGGGAGCUUCAUGAAAUGGGUUUCUAUGGCCGAGUAGCUGCACACAAGCCUAAGAUCACCAUGCGCAAUGCUAAGCGUCGGCUGGAGUGGUGUAAAGCUCACCGCCAUUGGACUCUAGAGCAGUGGAAACGCGUUCUCUAGAGUGAUGAAUCACGCUUCACCAUCUGGCAGUCAGACGGACAAAUCUGGGUUUGGCGGAUGAACACCUUUGGGAUGAAUUGGAAUGCUGACUGCGAGCCAGGCCUAAUCGCCCAACAUCAGUGCCCGACCUCACUAAUGCUCUUGUGGCUGAAUAGAAGCAAGUCCCCGCAGCAAUGUUCCAACAUCUAGUGGAAAGCCUUCCCAGAAGAGUGGAGGCUGUUAUAGCAGCAAAGUGGGGACCAACUCCAUAUUAAUGCCCAUGAUUUUGGAAUGAGAUGUUCAACGAGCAGGUGUCCACAUACUUUUGGUCAUGUAGUGUAUAUAGCGUUUUGGAAUGAAACACUUCAAUUGUAGAGUUUAUUCCAGCAAGGGAAUUCCUAGACUCAGAUCCCGGAGGUCAGUGUUUCACCACACGUUAAGAGUCAGUGCUUUGCAGAGGUAAUGGAAAUUACCGAGGAUGUGUGAGGUUCCUGCAGCCUGGGACAAGGAAUGCAGGAAUCGCUUUGCUUGCAACUCUACAUGACCUGGCUUGGCAUUCAAGGAUAGUUUCACACCUCACUGGAGACCCAGGUCAGGUGGAUGACCCCCCUGUGGAACAUCACAACAGCCUGGGAGAAAGUAUGAAAGUCACAGGACGAGAGAUAGUAGGUGUCUCAGACAGUUUACAUACUGUAGUUCAUACAGAGCAAAGAAUACUCCAGCAGGGAGAGAAGGAUCAUGUGAUGUGAGAUACACAGGAAGACAACUCCUACCAUCAUUAAUCAGUUGGGAAAUACUCAUUCUCUAAUUUUCUCGCCCAAUGUUUCAUAGUAACCCCAUGUACUGUAUAAGAUUGACACUCUGACACUAUGGUACAUUGCUUCUGAACUUAAAUGGGCCUAUAGAAGCCAUACUCCAAAAGGGCGAUUCCAUGCCAGCAUAGGCCGAAAAUAUUUUUGGUAUCUCAGAUUGUUCUGGCAAUUCUCACAUGGAAACUUCAUUGGGACGAAGAAUGUUUGAUAUGCUUUUUACUUUUGUAGCGCAAACCAUUAAUUAGUUCAGUGGUUCAUUGUUUUUGAACAUGCUUCUGUGAUAGCUAGCUAAUGUCAAAGUGAAACACAGUCAGUGUGACUCUCCCUGGAUAAUGAGCAAUCGCUUCCAUGUAAGCUGAGUGAUGCAGGCAUUGCAGUAGCUUGUUCUGUUCUUAUAACUGUACUUAGAAAUUGUAUUUUGCCUCAUCCCCAUACUAUUCAGAAAAGCUAGUUCCAUUGAAACAGCAGUUUAACUAUUCCUGGCAUUUCUUUGUGUGUGAGAGAGAUUGUGUAUAUUUACAUCUCUCUUUGUUUUUGGUUGCCACUCUGUUCCUGUUUUUAGUUUGUUCAUGUAUUGACUGUAGUCAUUGACAAAAUGUUAGUCAUUUUCCAUAGUCAGUGUAUGGAGGACUGAACAUCAGAACAGGGAGGGGCAAUGCAAGCCUCUCUGAUCCAGGCUCUGUCGUAGCUGGCCGUGACCGGGAGACCCAUGGGGCGGCGCACAAUUGGCCCAGCGUCGUCCAGGGUAGGGGAGGGAAUGGCCAGCAGGGAUGUAGCUCAGUUGGUAGAGCAUGGCAUUUGCAACGCCAGGGUUGUGGGUUCGAUUCCCACGGGGGGCCAGUAUGAAAAAAAUAAAAAAUGUAUGCACUCACUAACUGUAAGUCGCUCUGGAUAAGAGCGUCUGCUAAAUGACUAAAAUGUAAAUGUAAUUCCAUCUGGGUCUUCAGUCUGGUCAGAAACUGAGCAGUUUUUCCUGUGGUGUAACAGUGAGGUGUCAACAUCGCAGGCCCUUUUUUGUUGUGAAGGGCUUUUGGAUAGUGGGUGUUUCUCCGUGUGAAGGCCUCUUCAUUAGCCGGUUCCCCUUCGAGCAGCCGGCUGAGGCCAGAAUAGAAUAGAGCCUCAUUGUGUAGGCCCCUCGCCCCGGCCACCCCAUAAGUGCACAGAGGCAGCUCGUGCCAGUCUCUGGAACACAUGAAGCACUGAUGCGUGUGGGGGGGGGGGGGGGGGGGGGGCAGUUUAUUGCAUCAUCUGUAGGCUACUACCACGCUUUUCACUGGGUUUGCCCUAGCUUUGCUUACUGCUCUGUGGCCAACUCAUGACAUAUUCCUUGGUGCUACACAAUGGAUUGUAGUUGAGGUGAUUUGGCAGCAUGAAUUUGAUUUGUUUUUACAUUAAAAUUUUUUUACACAGUGUUUGAUUAAAAGACUAAGGCCCAAAUAAUCUAACCUACCCUCUUUACAUGUAUCAUUUUGUAAAUGAUACAUACCAAAUCAUGCAGUAUCCCUCACAUUAAUGAAAAAAGGGUAGCUAUGCAAUUGCAAGCAAAGUUGACAAACUCCAAUAUCUUCCCUGAACAUCUAAGUUAGUAACAUCUUUGUCAUCCUCACAAAGGCUUUGUGAUGUCAUGUGACACCAUGAAACGUGACCAUUCUUUCAAAACCUGCCUGUGGUUGUAUUUAAAUACAUCUACCCACCCAGAAUCCUAACUCAACAGCAGCUACAAUAGAGAGAUUCAGUAAGGGCUGGUGUUGCUGCUACACUGUGGGCUGUCCAAGUUUAUGUGCUCUCCACACUGACCCUAUUUCACUGGAAUGGACUGAAGGGAAUGCCAGCUGAAUUUUUUUAUCUGAUGGAAAAAUUCAUUCUUGACUUGGUACAGACCCCUCUGUAGAUAAAAUUAAAGCAACAUGUUAAAGAAAUACAUCCAAAUGUUUAGGAUAAAAAUGAUCAAUCCCAACACUGGGGGUCUUACUCAGUGUGAUAUAUGCUUCUAAACUGAUUGGCUAUGUUGGCUACUAUGUUUGUUGUUGUUGUGUGUGUUUUGUGACAGCCUCUGUUGUUUGUGUACUUUGUUGCGUCACCACAGGGUCUUUAACCCCAUAUAGGCUGUGUAUAUUGUGUCCUGUUUGAGGUGUGAGAUGCUAGUGUUAGUGUGUGACAUGGCAGUUAGGGUGUCUGCCCAUUUGACAGUGCUGCCCCCUGGUCUCACUCAGACUGGGUCUUGGAGUAGAAGGCUAUCAUGGAUAAAAUAUGGUCUUAAGUCAACCGUCAUACCGCCUUCAUGUGUUGGAAAUGACUCUGAGAUGACUGUUGCUAUCACUGCUGAUCUGCUGUCUGGGAUGAGUUUUAAUCACGUCAUUCAACCUGAACUGCUAAUUCAAAGGAAAGGGAGGAAUUUGGAGCCUAAUUGUUAGUUUGUUGUAAACUACAGCGAGACGUUCCCCAAGGAUUCUGGGAUACGUAGCAGUCAUUUCCUAAAAAGGAAAUGCUAUGAACAACAUCCCAAGUUCAAGCAAUUAGGCUACAGAUUCAUUGAACAAAAACCAAUUUUUGCCCUACAGAUUUAGCAUUUUCUAAGUAUCUUUAUUAACAUUUUACACUGAAUAUUUUCAUGCAGGCUGUUUUUUUCUCCUCUUUCUCUCACUCUACCUUUUCCCAAAAUUAAUUUUCUGUCCUUUUCUUUCAGCUCAUCAGUUUUAUCAUCCUAAUCUGCUAUGCUGCGUCAUUGUAUGGAGGUUAUUCUGCCGUGGCCAUCUGUGAGAUGGUGUUCGCCAUCAUCUUCUUUGGUGUCUUCAUGAUGGAAAUGGACAAGUCCUUCCAUGUGGUCAACUGGGUCUGGAGUGUGAGUACAGUAUAUAUGUUUACACAAACGCACACACACACACCUAGACACACAUACUUAGAGACACACACACACAUACACACACAGAGAGAGAGAAAGAGAAGCACACAAAUUAAAGAUACAUUCAUAAAAACAAACAGUGACACGAGGACUUUCCAAGCGCCUAUAGGACAAUCAUUCACUAAUGUUGGUCUCCUCCUCUCAGGAUUUUAUCCGUGCUACUAUUGGUGCAGCCCUGUACCUUAUCACCUCUCUGAUCUGUGUGAUUGGUGGAGCAGGGGACGGCGCCCGUAUUGCAGGAGGGGUGAGUAAAAUGUCUAACCACCCUGAGAUUUUUAAUAGAAACAAACUAGAGCAUCUCAAAUUGCCUAGUUCUUCAGCUCUCCAAUACUUCAGACCAAGUAAUCACUGAAAAGUAGAACUUGGCGCUUAGAUUACGUUUAGAUUAAAAGUUAUUCCAUUCCCUUAGGUGUUUGGCCUGCUGGCUGGGAUCCUGUUUGCCUAUGAUGCCUACACCAUCUUUCUGGUUCUCAAGAGCACCAGGCAGCACACAGCAGCGUCCACU